UAGGCAUCCUCGGGAACACCGACUUCCACGAAAAUUACCUCAUAUAAUACUGAUGUGAACAUAAGAAUAUCCCAAUAAUAACAGAAAACGCGUAAAUUAUAUAUAUAGAUCUUCCUAUUACUUUUGAAAUAAAAUAUAUAGGAAAAAAUAGUAUAUACUUUUGAUGCUAAGUUUGAACGCGACUUUAUUUAAUAAUGCGUGUCGCGAUCAGUGUAAACAACUUGCCCAAAACCAUAUUCAAAUUAAGGAAUUAUGAGCAAGGGAAGAGUUGAAAAAACACAAUCAAAUGAGCAAAAUGAACCAGUAAAAUCAAAACAAAGGACGCUAUUUGGGUUUUUCUCAAAAAUCCCAACUCCUAAGAAGGAGUCACCAUCUUCCUCUAUACCUUUGCAGAAGUCUUCCGCGUCACCAACCGCUGGCGGUACUGGCGAUGCCAAACGGAUACCAUUACAAAGUCAAGAGAAUGAAUUGCCUAUUCGUGUCCCUGACGAAUCCAGUCAAAACACUUUUUCGCCUCGUCCAUAUAGUGACCCCUUUUCAUCUCCAUUGUCGAGUAAUAUUCCGAGGUCCUCUCCAAAAAGACCUUUGGAUUCGUACGACGAAGGGGAUACCCCAAAGAAUGUAACUGGAAAAUUACCUCGAAUUUCGGACCACAUGGAUAAUGCUGUUCAUUCUUCUCCCCAUGACAACGACUCUGAUGUUUCCUUGGAUUCUCCAACCAAAAAUAAGUCACAAAAUUUUGAAUUGGAUUCCUCUUUACAGUCAGACCCACAGUUCCUUCCUUCUAAUAAAUUCGCAUUAUCUUCUUCAACAACACAUGAAGACCCUGAAAAGAAACCAAAUCUUCAAAGUGGAGGAAGACGAGCCAAAAAGCCUGUGUCGUAUCAAGAAAGUGACGAGGAGGAUUUGGAAGAUGUCAAAGGAUCAAGAAGUAAUCGUCGCAAAAAAGUAGUGCUUGACGAUGAUGAUUUCGAUGAGUAUGUAGAACCAGAGCGGGAAAAUAGUCCUUCUGAUGAUGAAUCUAUCCCUGCCAAGGAAGAAGUACCUGAAGAUGAUCUUAUGGAUGAAGAAAAUGAAGACAUGGAUGCCGAUGAUUCCAACUCUCCAUUAGCAGCUCCAAAACCCGUCAACAGAUCAAAAUCUUCUAAAUCGAUGUAUGAAAGCUACCGUUUAGGAUCUAAUCUUGCCUCCGCUGAUUUACCUUCCCCUAGAUCCGCCUCUCCCUCCAAGACAACUGCAUCUGGUAUCAUAAAUAGAGAAGAGAAGCGGAGAUUGCGCAUGGAAGCCUUUAAAAAGGACAAUUCAGAUCGCUAUGAGUGGCUAUUAGAUGUACGCGAUGCCGAUAAAAAUCGUCCGGGGGAUCCCAACUAUGAUCCUCGUACUCUUUAUAUUCCUCCUUCAGCGUGGUCUUCUUUCAAACCGUUUGAAAAACAGUUUUGGGAAAUCAAGAAAAACCUUAUGGAUACUGUGGUCUUCUUUCAAAAGGGAAAAUUCUACGAAUUAUAUGAAAAUGAUGCCGCAAUUGGUCAUCAAAUUUUUUCGUUAAAACUCACAGACCGUGUUAACAUGAAGAUGGUUGGUAUUCCAGAAGCCAGUUUUGACUAUUGGGCUUCACAGUUUGUUGCCAAAGGUUUUCGAAUUGCUCGCGUUGACCAGCUUGAAACAGCAUUAGGUAAAGAAAUGAAGGAUCGUCAACGAACUCAAAAAGAAGAAAAGGUUGUACAACGAGGCUUGACCCAGGUCCUCACUAGUGGCACUUUAGUCGAUGAAGCUAUGCUGACAUCUGAUCUCUCUACUUACUGCAUGGCAAUUAAAGAAAACAUUCGUUUUGAUAGUGACGAACCGUCAUUUGGCAUUUGUUUUAUCGAUACUUCUACCGGUGGAUUUCAACUCUGCGAAUUUACAGAUGAUAUUCAUAGAACAAAACUUGAUACUUUGCUAACUCAGACUCGUCCUAGAGAGCUUAUCUUAGAGAAAUCUGAGGUGUCUCAAAAGUCUAUGAAAGUCAUAAAGUAUUGUGUUUCUUCAGCGGCAAUUUGGAAUUUUAUUAAGCCAUCUACCGAGUUUUGGGAUAAAGAGAGAGUUAUUAGGGAAAUUAUUUCCGCGAACUACUUUGAACAUGGUCUAGAAGGAACUCCGAAAGUACUUUCAAGAGUUUUGGAAACUAAAGAACUUGCCUCCAGUGCAUUUGGUGCUUUGGUUUGGUACUUGCGUCAACUCAAAAUGGAUAAAGAUAUGUGCUCAAUGGGUAAUUUCAUGGAAUACGAUACAUCUCAACAUUCAACCUCUCUACUUAUGAAUGGACAAACCUUAAAAAAUUUAGAGAUUUUUUCCAAUUCAUUUGACGGUGGUGAUAAAGGUACACUUUUCAGUCUUUUAUGCCGCUGCGUAACACCUUUUGGAAAACGAUUGUUCCAUACUUGGUUAUGUCAUCCUUUAAGGUCGCCUGUUGCGAUAAAUGCCAGGUUAGAUGUGAUUGAACUAAUUGCAGAUAAUCCUUCCAUUAGAGACACUAUAUGGGGUUUCAUGCAUAAACUUCCCGAUCUUGAACGGUUAAUAUCGCGAGUGCAUGCUGGAAGAAGCAAGCCAAGUGAUUUUGUCCGUGUAUUAGAAGGAUUCCAAAAAAUAUCUUUAGCUUUUCAGCAACUCCAGUCUGAAUUCCAGGAUAUUGCUAAGGGUACUUUAUUAUCUGAAUUGAUACAAAAUGCGCCCGACAUGCAAGCAGAACUUCAAUCGUGGACACGUGCUUUCAAUUGGCGAAAGGCAUCAGAAGAAGGUGUAUUUGUUCCGGAACCUGGUUUUGAAGCUGAAUAUGACCAAUCCCAGGCGUACCAAACUGAACUGAAAUCUGAACUAAAUGAACUGUUAGAACAGUACAAGAAACAGUUGCAUUGCUCUUCUCUUAAUUUUAAGCAUGUUGGUAAAGAAGUGUAUCAAGUGGAGGUCCCUUCUGAUGUCAAAGUACCCGUAAAUUGGUGUAAAAUGUCAGGCACGAAAAAGGCGAAUCGCUAUUACAAUGACGAUUUGAGGAAAAAAAUAAGGAAGCUACUCGAAGCUGAAGAGCUCCAUCUAUCAAUUAUGUCCCGAAUGCAGGACAAGUUUUACGCAAGAUUCGACGGUAAUUAUGAAAAAUGGCUAGCACUUAUUAAAUGUACUGCUUCUAUAGACUGCUUUUUCAGCCUUUCCCAGGCUGCAGCUGCGUUGGGUGAGCCUUACUGCCGCCCAGAAAUUAUUGACGGUGAUAAAGGUGAAUUGAUAUUUGAAGAAUUAAGACAUCCAUGUAUAAACGCUACGGCUGCCGCUACAUUUGUGCCAAAUGAUGUUUCACUAGGUGGGAAAACAGCCAACAUGGUGGUCUUGACUGGACCAAACAUGGCUGGUAAAUCUACACUGCUUCGACAGGUGUGCGUGGCAGUCAUUAUGGCUCAACUUGGUUGUUGGGUACCUGCAAAGUUUGCUAGAUUAACUCCUAUGGACAGUAUUCAUACCCGUUUAGGUGCCAACGAUGAUAUCAUGUCGGCUAGAAGUACCUUCAUGGUGGAGUUGUCAGAAACCAAGAAAAUAAUUGAAGAAACUGGGCCAAAGAGUCUAGUUAUAUUAGACGAGCUUGGACGUGGUACCAGCACUCAUGAUGGGCAUGCGAUAGCAUAUGCUGUUUUGCAUCAUCUGGUGUCUAAUCUCGGUUGUCUAGGAUUUUUUUCCACACAUUAUCAAAGUCUCUGUAUAGACUUUAUUAAAUAUAAGCAAAUCCGGCUUAUGCAGAUGGCUGCAGCUGUUGAUGAGGAACGUCGGCGUGUAACAUUUCUUUAUAAACUAGAAGAUGGUAUUUGUCCAAAGUCUUAUGGUAUGAAUGUUGCCAAUAUGGCUGGAUUGCCAGAGAGUGUAAUAGAUGCAGCAGAGCGGAAGUCAGAAGAGAUGGAAGCGACGACAAAGAGCUUUCAUAAAGCAACCGACGACAUCGCUUUGGUUAGCGAUUUCUUUCAACUGAUGCGUAUCAAUGAAGGAAAAGAGCCAUCGUCGAUGGCGAAUCUUCCCCUCAUGCUCGAUUGUAUAGCAGGAGGCAACUAAAAAGAUGAAUUUUAUGAUUCGAUAUUGAUCUAAUAUUGAAAGCCUUCAUUCAUGAAUGGUUUAGGUAUAGAGUAGUUGGUUUGCUGGCAAACCAAUUGCGAUUAAAACAUUUAUUUUCUCUUUGAGUCUUUUAAGGUAUUUAAUGAAUAAUAAUAUUGUGUUUGACUGAUUCAAA